AUGUCAAAGCAUUCUUCCUCAAAACUAGAAAACAAGCUAAAGCUCAGAAGAAGUGGCUUCUUCAUCAUCGCGCCUUAUCACCAGAUGAAACGGGAAAAAAUAGCGACCAAACUUCGACUCCGCAAAUCUACUCUCUUUUCUCGCUCAAUCUCUCUCGAUUUGAAAUGUGCGUUUAGGUUGAAUAAUGAGGAUCUUGAAGGAAGAUGGUUGAGGGAAAACAAACGGCAGCGGUUUUUCCUCCCCAUUCUUUCUGAGAGUCGCGUCCUUUUUAUAGGAGGUUUGGAGUUUUUGUGUGAAUUCUUGUGGCUGCUUCUGCAUUUUGGGAAGCUGUUGUGGAAAGUUAUUGCUAUCCGUUGCAUUGUGCGUGGGUUCGUAUAUGAUUCGCUUGUGGAUUUGGACAAACAUUUUCGUAAAAUGCGUGGUUUCGUUUAUUCUACAUAUGACGUUUAUAACUUGGUUAUUUUUCCUUUAAGAAUUGUAUUUGCAGUGUAUUACUUCGUGAAUCCGUAUGUCGCGGGUCGGUGUAUGUUAGCUGGAGCAUGUGGCUUUGAAGGCUAUGUAUUUUGA